GUCAGAUAUGCCAUGGUACAUAGUGCAGUACUUUUCAUUAGUAGCAGGAAUCAAGUUCAUUAAGGAGGAUUGGCACUUCGAUAAUGAGCCGAUUAUCGGGGUGAUGAACUCGCAAGGAGAUGUCAAAAACAAAGAUGCACUUGGCUUGAUUCGGAAAUGGGGAAUGAAUGCCUUCCCUUUCACUUCGCCUAAACCAGUUCCACAUGCAGGUUUCAUCAAUCCACCUGGACCUCAUCAAAACGAAGUUUGCACUUUCUACUGUGGAGGCAAGGACAAAAUAUGGAUCCAACAAUUUUCCGAAAAUUUUAAUGCCGUGGCCAAGGAUCCAUUGAUAGCUGAAGCUGGAAACAUUGUCAUAACAUUUUAUUUCGUUGGAAAAGACUGCGAAUUUCUGCAUUUUGUCCAGAAAGUUCAAGAGUUAUCGCGUCCCUUCAAGCUGCCGCAUUUUGACGAGAAUGAUCUAGAGUUAUUGCGUCCCUUCAUGCUGCAGCAUUUUGACAAGGAUAUUCAAGAGUUACUGCGUCCCUUCAAGAAUGAGCUUAGAUGGGCCGUGUUCAUGGAUGAUUUUAAUGAGGUAAUCAGUAAUCAUGGGACGACAAUUCUGACCUUCUUGGAGAGAUUUGAACAGUGGAAGGGGCGUGUGCGUAGGGGGAGACACGUAAAGAGGUGCUUCUUCGAACUGGUUCCCUGCCAUCGACGUCAAACUGGGUCUAAGUUUGUAACCAGUAUUAACAAGUUUGAUUUUGUAAUCAUGAUCGCGAUGGUAAUCUGUUGCCAACGUUAUCGUUUUUUGUUGUUGCAAUUGGUGGGCAUCUUUUUAUGCAUGAAUUUAAAUUCCUAGCAUUAUAGGUUAGAGUGAUAAUACUUAACACUCCCUUUUAAAUUAAGUUGCAAAAAUAUGUUUUUGAUUCAGAA